AUGUUUGCUUGCUCUAAAGAAGGGAAGACAAAUGUGUCGUACCGAAAUAAACGAGCCGCUGUGACAGAAACUAAGGAACGAAAACGUGGAGAGACUCGUUGUAACUGCCCAGCUCGAAUGAGUGUUCGGAAAAAAAAUGAAACUUGGGUGGUGAAACAUUUUGUAGAGAAGCACAAUCAUCCGCUCGCUACUCCUAGGAAGGUUCACCUGUUGAGAUCUCAUAGAGGUGUGUCAGCCACAAAAAGAGCACUUGUCCAGGAGUACACGGAGGCAAAUAUACCCACAUGCAAACAAAUUAGAUUGUUUGAAAUUGAUUCUGGUGGUCCCUCUAUGAUGGGUUGUUUGGAGAAGGAUAUCCGAAAUAAAGAAGCAGCACGUAAAGCUGAAUUAAGUGGACAUGAUGCACAAACUUUGAUUCACCAAUUUGAAAUGGAAAAGGAGAAGAAUGAGAAUUUUUAUUAUGUUUAUGAGACAGAUGAGGAUGGUGUUUUUACCAGGUGUUUCUGGGCCGAUAGUGAAUCAAGAAAUUCAUAUGCAGUGUUUGGAAAUGCGGUUGUCUUUGAUACCACAUAUAAUACGAAUAAUUAUGGAAUGGUGUUUGCACCUUUUGUUGGUGUUAAUCAUCAUAGGCAGACCACUGUAUUUGGUUGUGCAUUACUCAGCGACGAGAAAGCUGAAUCAUUUGUUUGGUUAUUCUCUACUUUUAUAAAAGCAAUGGUAGACCAGCCACAUCCACAAGUUAUUAUCACUGAUCAAGAUGCGGCUAUAUCAAUUGGUGUGGCUGAGGUGUUUCCGAAGACUAUGCACCGAUUUUGUAUUUGGCACAUUCUGAACAAAUUUUCAGAAAAGCUCGGCCCUGUUCUUCAUAAGUUACACUAUCAUACUUUAAGCGGUAUUAUUAAUGAUUCUGAGACUCCCAAUGAGUUUGAGUGCAAGUGGAAUUCGUUGAUGAGAGAUUCCCAAUUGAAUGGUAAUGGAUGGUUGGCAAAGAUGUAUGAAAUCCGCCAUCGUUGGGUUCCAGCUUAUGUAAGGGGUGUUUUUGCUGCAGGUGAAUCUUUACAAGGCAGACGUGGUGCGCUGAUGAAAAUAACAAGAGAGCUAAUUGAUGAUGCAUCGUUGACUGAGGCGAGAAGCAAGUUUCUAAUGGAAAAGCUCAAAGUUUUGAAAUGGGAGGUUUGUCAGAUUGACGACAAGGAAUGCAUGAGCAAGCAAAUCAGUAAAAGCAAAGGCCAAAAGACAUUUCUUGUAUGCGACCCCGAGCCUAUACGAAUGAAAGGUUGUGGCAAGCGUCUAAAGUCGAGUAAAGAGAAAGCCAUAUCUCAAAGUGCUCGAUCUUGUAGUUUGUGUGGACAUAGGGGUCAUGACAAGCGCAAAUGUCCCAGUCAUAGCAAUCACUUUGAAGAUGACCCAUAUCGUCCGGACAUGUCAAAAGUGACAAAUUCUAGUUGCUCUGAUAUUUGA